AUGAACUCUCAAAAAGCUUGUUACGUGUGUGGGAAGAUAGGUCAUCUAGCUGACGACUGUGAAAGUGAGAAAUUAUGUUAUAACUGUAACCAACCAGGUCAUUUACAAUCCGAAUGUACCAUGGAAAGAACUGCUGAAUUUAAACAGUGUUACGCUUGUGGUGAAACUGGUCAUGUCCGUUCUGAAUGUACUGCUCAACGUUGUUACUCGUGUGGGGAAACUGGCCAUAUGUCCCGUGACUGUCCUUCUGGUAACUCCAACGGUAGACGUGGUGGUAGAUUCCACAAUAACCGUGGGGGUGCUGGUGGUUCCCGUGUCUCCUGCUACAAAUGUGGUGGACCAAACCAUAUGGCCCGUGACUGUUUGCAAAGCGAAUCCAAAUGUUACUCUUGUGGUAAGUUUGGCCACUUGGCUCGUGACUGUCCUGCAAGCGGUAUGUCUGGUGGUGCUUCUAACGACAGAGUGUGUUACGCUUGUGGUGAGUCUGGUCAUAUCUCUAGAGACUGUCCAAGUAAGGACUAG